AUGAUUGCUUUGCGCAAUAUGAUCGCCUUCUUGGUCGCCGCCGUCCUUUGUGUAGACGUCGGCGUCUUCGCCCAUCCCGGCGAGGAUAUUGAGCUUGUCAACCACGAGGCUGCCAUUCACAAGGCCACCCUCAAGGUUGCUCAUGCUGCCAUCUCUCGCUGCGACGACGCCCCUGCCGCUCUGGCCCUCAAGAAGAAUGCCAUCUUUCGCCGCUAUGGAUUGGCUGAUGCCCUGCAGUACGAGAAUUCUCUUGGUCGCACUGAUGAUUUUCUCGAUGAGCGCGACGAGAAGGACCUGAAGAAGUGGGAGGCUCUCUCCCACGACGAUACCUCGAAGGACUGGAACGCUGGCACCCCCGAGUCUGUCAUUUUUGGCAGCAACGCUACCACUGCUCUGACUCCAGAGUCCAUCUUGGGCCCUUACUUUGUCUCUGGCGAACUCUUCCGCAAGGACAUUACCGAGGGACAGGACGGUGUCCCGUUGCAUUUGGAUCUCCAGUUUGUGAACCAGAAUACCUACGAGCCCAUCCCUGACAUGCUUGUCGACAUCUGGCACUCCAACGCCACUGGCGUCUAUUCAGGCAUCGCCCAGGGCGCCGGCCAGGCCGGUCUCAACACCACCUUUCUGCGCGGCGUCGCCAAGACAGACACCGAAGGCGUCGUCCAGUUCGACACCAUCUACCCGGGCCACUAUGGCGGCCGCUCCAACCACAUUCACAUUCUGACCAUCGAGGGCGGUAUCAUGUUGCCCAACAAGACCUACACGGGCGGCCGCGCCAACCACGUCGGCCAGCUGUACUUUAACCAGGCCCUUAAUGACGCCGUCGAGAAUUUUGCACCCUACAACUCCAACAAGCAGCAGUACACGACCAACCAGAACGACGGCUUUGCCAAGGAUGCCGCCUCGGCCCAGUAUGACCCCUUCAUGUCCUACAUUCGUCUGGGCUCGGGUCCUGGCGAUGGUCUGUUGGCUUACAUCACUGUCGGCGUUAAUCAGGACGCCAAUUAUGAUGCCAAGCCCGCUGCUCACUGGGGCCACGAUGGUGGUCACGAGUGUCACAAUGACAACUGCAACUAA